GCCAUUGUUUUGAGCACUGAACCUGUUCCCGCAUUUUCAGAUGAUAAUGCAACGGACACACACGAUUAGUUGGCUGUGCACACUCCUCUAUUGCUGCGUACCAGUUGUGACUUCUGCGAUCGUCAACACGACCUAUGGUCUCGUCAAUGGAUCUGUGAUAUCACUGAAAACGAACAAGACUGUUAUAAAGUACUUAGGUAUUCCAUAUGCCAGGGCCGAACGUUUUGAAUAUCCAGUGCCACCGGAGAGAUGGACCUCUAUCCUUCAAGCGAACAAGAUCGACAAGAUUUGCCCGCAACCAAAUCUGCCACCGAAUAAACAAUCUCUCGCCGAUGAGAAUUGCCUUUUUCUCAAUGUAUACGUCCCUGCUAACAAAUCGCAAAAUUCUUCCCUCUCUGUGAUGUUUUGGAUCCAUGGAGGCGCCUUCUCUUUGGGUGAUACACUUGGUUACGACGGCAGCGUUUUAGCCACGGAAGGUAACGUGAUCAUAGUCACGGUCGGCUAUCGUUUAGGUGUUUUAGGAUUUUUGAGCGCAAACAAUGACAGUCUGAAAGGUAACUUUGGUUUAAUGGACCAGCUGGAGGCCUUGAAAUGGGUUAACCAAAAUAUUGCAAGGUUUGGAGGAAAUCCCAGCAAAGUUACUUUAUUUGGUGGUUCAGCCGGAGGAGUAUGUGUGUCGUUGUUAAUGUUAUCGCCAAUGGCUCAUGGUCUGUACCAAAACGUCAUCAUGCAGAGUGGAAACCCCGCAUCUCUCUCAUCGGCGAUGGAAAAAAACGAGGCUUACCAAAGAGCAAGGAGCUUCGCUAAUGCGGUUGGCUGUGAAAUGGAUUCUCUAAAAUUAUGUGCGAUGAAGAAAAGUGUUCAACAAUUGUUGGAUGCCCAAAUAAAAGUGUUUUCAAACCCAAUUCUUUUACCUUUCGGACCGGUCGUGGAUGGAUUUCUCUUACCAGAUUUACCGGCCAAAUUGCUUCAAGCCGGCAAGUUUAAUAGGACUAAUAUCAUUGCUGGAGUGGCCCGGGAUGAUGGCUCCAUUUUUAUCACUGGUGCGCCUGGUGUUCUGAAAGGGCUUGAAGUUCCGAACGGGAUGUCAAAAACUCUCUUUGAAGAAACGAUUCGCAACCGGACUUGGGUUCGUAAUCAAAACUCCCAAAUCCUGGAUUUACUUAUCUACCAGUACACUGAUUGGUCGAACGCCACUGAUCCUCAUGUGAUCCGACAGCAGUUCAUCGACAUGAAUUCCGACGCAACAUUUAAAGCUCCGCUAAUAACAGCAGUCAAGGCAUUUACAAAGAAACAGGCUCCCACCUACUUUUAUCAACUUGAAAAAGUACCAAAAACAUUUCCUGCCAUCCCGUUUCCGCUUCCCGCAUGGCUUGGGGUGUAUCAUCGCGCCGACGUCUUAUAUACGUUUGGAAAGCCCCUUGUUAUGGCCAAGAAUCUUACAUCUCCUUACGACAUUCAACUGAGUAAAGAGAUCAUGACCUUUUGGACUAAUUUUGCAAAAACAGGGAACCCUAAUCAGCCAACGCCAUUAGCAGAAACGUGGCCCCAGUUUACAACAGACGAAGAACACUAUCUGGGACUAGGUUUUUCUUUGACACUGCGGUCCAAACUACGUCCAAAGGAAAUGGCGUUAUGGAAUGAGCUUCUACCAAGUCUUCAAGUAACAGUUAAGCCUACCACGGCUAGUCACAUGCCGACAAUUCCUGAAAAACAGAAAGACGAGAAAGAUACGCUGCUGCUUGUACUGGCCGCCCUAACUGGAGUAUUUGGUGCUGUAGCUGUGAUUUUGUUUGUCAUAUUGGUGAUCAGCUACAACAAGCGAAAAAGACGAGGACAUGACUUUGAGGACCCAUUAAAUAUGUAACUGACUUUCAUAGCUAGCUUAGAGACUUAAUACGCCAUGAUAUUACACCUACAGCAAUCCCUUAACUUGCACACUUCAAAUUUCCAGACCAAGGAUAAUUCCGAGAGCUCCUCUCAGGGUAACGGGUCAAUCCUGUAAUAUAACAAGCUCUAGGACCCUUCGCUGUGUAGGAUCCCGGAAGACUCAAGAAAUAACCAGGCCCUUGUCUUUGAUUUCCUUACUUGGAAACCACUUGCGGAGUGUGUUGGUUCUUCGUAAAAAAAAAAAAAAAGGAAAAGAGAAAGAAGUUAGAGCGAAAAGCAAAGAGCAUCAGCAGCAUUAUUGCUUGGAGAUUAGACAAACUAUCUUGAUUAUAAAAAUAACAUCAGAGCAAGAGAUUAUCCACCGCAUAUUCUCUUGCUUCCGAGGGAUACCUUCAAAAUAGACGUCUGGUCUAAACUAGGGUUUAAACAAGCCGCGCGUGACGCUUUUUCAUUGCAUUGCGAAUAUUCUAAGUGUUUUUCAAACACUUCACGUAACUUACCCCUCAAUUUUUUUUUUCCCCAAGAGGCCCUCCUCUGCCAAACAAAACUAAAAAACUUAAAAACGCCCUGUCCUUGAAUCCUGUUCCUUCCAUGAUCUAUGCUUAUCGCGGUAUCUUUCUUAUUUCUCGAGAUACUUUCAAAUUAUGCCCUUGGAGAAACUAAGAUUCACAAUUGAGACCAGGGCUUUUAUUCGCAAAGUAAACACGGAAAAAAUCCCCCAUUUCUCAAAUAUAGGGUGGCAACAUUUGUACUUUCUCAAGAAUGUCAACAGGAACUGAAUUAAGAUUUUUAAAAGGUAGGACAUAAAACAUUUAGGGCCGGUUAUUUACACGAGGUCUAAGCCAAACCAGGCUUUUAGGCAAUCAGUGGGCCAUUGACUUACUAUGUGAGGGUAGGGCCGGUUAUUUACACGAGGUCUAAGCCAAACCAUGCUUUUAGGCAAUCAGUGGGCCAUUGACUUACUAUGUGAGGGUAGGGCCGGUUAUUUACACGAGG